GUUGUGAGAUCUGAACAGAGGAAACUACUUUUUGAGACACAAGCAAUAAGGCAACAACAUGAGCAACAGAACUAAAUCAGCAAUGGUGGAGGAAAUCCGCUCUGGAUACUUGAACAAAUCACCACCGGCUAAAGGCAUUAAAUCAUGGAAGCGCCGUUUCUUUGUGCUCUCCAAGGUAGAUAAAGAUAACUACCACCUAUCAUAUUAUCGAAAUAAUGAAAGCAGAGACAAACCUUUGGGAACAAUAGAUCUUUCAAAAAUUAGCUUGUUGUCUACUGCCCCAGAGGCACAUUCAAGAUGGCCCUGGAUCCAGAAACACUUCAAGUGUCCUCCAUCCUCUGUGCUGUUCUUGACGGUGGAAACUAGAGACUAUUUUCUCAUUGGACAAAACAGUGAUGACGUGGAUUCCUGGCUCAAUGCAAUAACCACCGCACUGCAGAACUCGCAAAACAAAAUGCAAAAUACAGAUGAAUGUGAUGAUAAGAAUCAGAGCAUCAAAUCAAUAUCUGGACCUAUGAACUAUUGGCAACCAACGCCUACAGACCAGCCUGAUGAAAAAGAUUCAGAAGCUGCUCUAAUGUCAACUUCACCGCAAAGUUACUAUGCCUGCCCUCGCAGUCUUUUCAAUGCUCAAGUAGCAGAAUUGCACAAGUUUGAAGACCAGCCUGAUGAAAGAAAGUCAGAAGAUCCUGCUCUAAUGUCAACUUAUUUAUCACCUCAAAGUUACUAUGACUCCCCUCGCACUUUUUUCAAAGCUCCAGUAGCAGAACCGCGAAAGAGGUUUCUGAGCGAUAUCAAGGACGAGAGGGUCGAAGAGGAGGAUGAAUCUCCAGAGGAAGCCACUGAAUACAUUUCCAUGGCAAAAGUGCAAAUGGCAUUGGAGGAUGACCAGAAGGCAGACACAGAACGCACAAAGACAAAUGAAACAGAAACACAUGUUGAAAAGGAGAUCUGCAUUAGUCAAGACAGUCUGAUGAACAAUCUGGUUUUGACAGAGGAGGAAGGCAAACCAUGUGUGUCUGAGUGUCUGGAGACUCAGGAGUCGCAUCUUUUCCACAAGGGUGAUCAGAUCCUGGCCCUCAAUGACUUGCUAACAAACACAUUAGCUGAGAUACAGACAUACCUUAAAAGACUUAGCAAGGAAGAGGUGAAACUCACUAUUCGACGGCUUCCAGGAUCCCAGCCUUUGAGCAAUGAAUCCAACGAGACAUGAAAGAAAAAUCCCCUCUUAAUACAAUCAUUGCAUUGAAUUAUUAGAAAUAAUGUGCACGUCUUGUUUAAGAUUAAAGUCAGCAGGAUUUUAACAUUUAUGACUCUUAUCAUAAGACUCGUAUUAUAAAUCUUUUACAUGUGAAUCUUAUCAUAAGGGUAGAAACCAAACAAAGCAUUAAUAUAUAAUAAACCUGGCUAGUGGGAAUAUUAGUGCAUAUUUAUAUGGACAAAGUAUUACUUUAAAAGUAUGAAGUUAAAUUCACUGUGAAAAAUGCACAUUGUAAACGGUUUAAUCUCUUAAAACUGCACUUACAGUGAGAGGUACUUUAUUUAUUAUGCAUAUACACACAUCUUUUCUUUGUAUUAUAUUUUACAACGUAUUUUAACAACGAUUUCAACUUUUCUCUAUUUUUAAGCAUUUAACAAUUGCUCUUAAUCUUCAUGCUAGGAUUAAACUGUAUCAGAUACAGGAUGAUAGUAGAUGGUGGAUUAAUGAAGUCUACUUAAAAUACAAAUAAAUUUAUGUACUACAUUUUAAAACACAUUUAAACCAUGAUUUCACUUUUCUGUCUAUUUAAGCGUUGAGCGAUUGCUCUAAAUCUUUAUGCAGUGUCUAAACUGUAUCAGAAACUGGAUGAUAUUAGACGGAUGAUUAUUAUAGCAUACUUAAUACAUAAAUUAAUUAUGAGAAUUUGUACAUAGUAAUUUUGUUUUCUUUUUUUGCACAGGAAUACAAAAUAUUAAAAUAAAACUAAACUAUAAGCCAUAAUGUGCAUGAAUAGUCAAAAACUAGGCUUAUUUAAAAUUAUAAUAAUUGAUUAUUAAUCUUAUUUUAUAUACAAGAAUAAUAAUAAUAAUAAUAAUAAUAAUAAUAAUAAUAAUAAAAGGCAAUAACAAAACAACUGCAUAGCAACAUAUGCUCAAUUACAGUUAAAAGUGAAUAAUGAAUACCCACAAAAGAAAUUAAAUCAAGUCAUCUAUGGCUGAAGAAUAGAGCUCAAGUAUGCUUAACUGUUACAUUGAUACUCGUUACGAUAUUUUACUAUAUAUACAAAAUCAAGUCAUCUCUGGUUUAAGAAUACUCAAGGAUACUUUACUUUUACAUAGAUACUACUUAGAUAUUUUUCGUUUGCAUAUUUUAAAGAAUCUCAUAUCUAAAAUGCACCAAUACAUUAUUAACCCCGAAGCUCCUUUUGUUUGUUUUGGAUAUAUCAGCUAUGUUUAUUCAUGCAUGAUUGAUGGUUUUCACAACCCAACUAUUAUACAAUUAUAAUGAGCUCAGAUGUUGUUGUUUGCUACUCUGAGAGGAACUUUUUUUAAGUCAAAGCAUCUAACCUGAAUCUCCACUGACGCAUCACAUUACAGUCAAGAAUAAAGAGUGGUAGCUUCCUUGUAAACUUCAUUUAUUUACACUGGCACUGAAAACCUGUUCUUUUUCCGCAUGCUAAAAAAAGCACAGUUGCAUUUUAAAGAGCUGAAGUUGACAUGACUAUUUUAUCUAUUACACUGCUGUCUUUAAAUCGCAACUAAGUGCAUCUUACAAUCUGAGCUGUUUUAUGUUAAUAUUUUAAUGAUUAGACACCGUCUACACUCAUGAAAAAAGAUCAAAGAUGAAGCAUUACAUUUUGGUGUCUGCAUCAAAUGAAAUGUACUAAAGUGAUUCACACAUAUUAAGGAUAUUAGAUCUGUUAUAAAAUAUAUUGAUAUUAAAUCUCAAUGUUCUAUGCCUA